AACGGCGUUUUAACAAGUUUGAUAUGGAAGGCUGUGUGGUCGAGGGAAGACUUGGAACAACCAGUUCCUUGUGGAAUGCAUGGAGAAAGGAUGCAAGGGGAGCAGGGUGUCAGAGACACUCUGCUUCUGUGCAGAACACAAACAUGCUGGGUCACGUUAGAAGACCUGUUGAAAACAAAUCGACUCACUGUACACUAUUGGUGGCCAAAUGGAAUGUGCGCAGCAACCUGUUAUUUACUUUUUCAGAGUGUUUCUCUUUCAGCACACACACACACACACACACACACACACACACUAAGCUCCCUUCUAUUCUGUGCAGCAGUGAAGAGCAGGAAGUGGGAUUUUCGUCUUCUUAUGCUGUCAUGGAAGUGGAGCAUCACAACUCUAAGUGGCUUGUCUAGUUCAUGCUGCCAAGCGCCUUCUGCAGCAGGAGAGUCUGGAGAGGUGACGUGUCCGUCAUCCUGCGUGAUUUCAGCAGGGGAGGUAACAUGUCCAUCUUCCUGCUGGAUCUCAUAGGGUGGGAGUCCCCGACAGCUGACCCACAAAAGCUACACAAGGGGCAUAGUCCCACUAUAUGAUUUCCCCUUUAAAACCCACCAGUACCAAGGUGACACAGUGACCCCUACGAUAGUCUAUGAUGGUAGAUUCUACUGACCACCGGUGAGAUCUUUGCUGUGAGCUAUAGGAAACCCUUUGGCCUACGAUGAUAGGACUUUACCCGAUGCCUCUGUGAUUUUUUUAGCGAGGUUACGGAAACUCAGCCGCUCAGCGUGACAUACGUCACCAGGUAAAUCAUCUUGCUAAUGCUUGAGCGCACAGAAGAUAUAGCUUGCUGUUUGACAUUCUGUGCCAUCCAUCGAAAGGUACCUUACACAGAUAACCUUAUCGACAAAGCUACCGUCUUCCCCCGAACACAAUGCACCCUCAUUUCGACUGUAUCAGGACGGAAACAUACCUUGUAUACAUUCAUUUUCAGUCUGCAUUGUGUUCAGGUGAAGACGGAAGCCGAAGUUUACAGUUCUCUUAGCCCUUAGUCAUCAUCCUGCACGUAAAACGCCCAAGAGUGAGGAGGCUGCUGCAGCGAGCGGACCGUCCUUUGCAGUAGCUUGAUGUGGUACCAGUGAUGGGAAGACUGACCUACAGCGAGGUUUCUGUGGCGUGGAUUUGGAAACACUGGACGUCGCCCCUAGACUCUGAAUGUCGUGGGAGUUUGGUUGUCGAGGUGGCCGCUCGUAUUUCGCAACGAACAACGUCGACAAGGAAGGAACUUCAAUGGGAAGAGAAUGGGUGGCGCAUUUGUUUGUUUCGGCAAUAUGUAUGGAGCAUGUGUUUCUGGCUAGGGGGUGAUUUUUCCAGCACAUGCUGAAAAGGAUUUGCCACUGUGAAGAUUUGUAAGUCAAACGGAAUGAAUGAAAAGCUGGCUGCUAUGCAUCACAUCAUCGCACACAUGAUGGGAGUGAGGAGGGGGAAUAAGGAAAGGAUUGUGGUGCCUGCCAAUUGGAUUCCAGGUGGGUACAGGAUAUGGAACCGCGGUGAGGGGGUGCGCUCCUCAAGAUGGCGAGGACGACUGUUUGCCCAACCUCAAGAGGGCAGCUAGUACUUUCAAGGGCCAUGAUUGCACGAGCAUUCGGUCUCAAGGGUUCCUAUCGCCGAAGACGCACAGUUUCACUUUCUAUGGCAUCAGUGCCCCAUGCCACGAUAGCGAAUGUUAUUCUCAGCUAUACUCCAGCCAUACCCCAGCUAUACCCCAGCUAUUGCCAGCUAUUUCGUGGAUAUGGUGAGGACAUGCCACUGCAUUGGGGAGCGAUGGGCAUCAUCUCGAAGGUCAAGCAGGGCAGACAAGCCCUUCAGGAGGUAUUAUGACAGAACCGAAGGAGAUAUCGACACCCGCAACAUUGAUGCGAAAAGAGGCAGCAGGGCAGCGAUGAGGAGGUAAAAGUAAAAGUGAUGACAACCGCCGGCGAAUAGGCCUGAGAAGAUGGAGACGGAAAUCUCUGGAGGAGUAAGGAGGGCGUGGUGGCCGAACAGGGCGAGGGGGGUUGGUUUUGUCGGCGGGGUGGGGGGCGGAACAGGAGGGAUCUGUUUCCGGUUGGUAUAUACUGUGGCCACUUGCUCGGAAGGCGGUUGUGUGAAGACCCCGAUGCCUAAUUUUCCCCUGUCGCUGUCCAUUCGUCCAGAAGAAGGAAAGUGCGACAUGCUGGAUUCUAUGGUGCAGCAUUCAAUUUGGUGCCCUUGCAGUUAGCAUCAGUCGACCGGAAGAGCUCACCUAAUGUCUAGAAGCUUUAGAUCCUAUAAGGAGUAGCCAAUCUGUUUAUGGCAUAGCAUCUAGCUACUUAGUCUAGCUGUGCACUGUGCAGUAAGGGUCUCCUCCUUACGGUCUCGUUCUUACGUGUUAGAGAAGUUACAACGAAGGAAUUCGAAUUACCUUACAAAGA